GUCACAAACGAGCGCACCUUUCACCUUCAGUUUAAGUUUGACUGGAGACUUCACUUUUAUGACAUUUGUUCAUAAAACUUUGCGAACAACGUCACAAAUCUGCUAUACAUUAAUCCGUUAGGACGUAUUUAUUAUUACGUAGAUAACGUGAUAAUUGCAAAAAUUCCCAGGCUGCAUUUAAGAACCUGAAUGACCUGUUUCUCCAGUGUUGUGCUAGCCUGGAUGCUAGCUUAACUGUUAGCCUAGCUGUUAGCCUGUCUCUGCAGCUCCUUUUGAAAACAUAAGUCACAUAUUGGUUCGUUUUUGUAGGUGCGAUGGAAGAAGAGACUUUCAGUGACAUAAACGGCGGAGCAGUGACUCUGCAGUGUCAGUUUCACUCCAGUUUGUGCUCAGAGUUCGUGGUGAGUUCUCCUAAAGUGUCUUUUUGGAGAGUGAUGGGCUCCACCAGCGCAGUGUGGCUCGGGGCCUACGUGCUGUUUUUCUUCACACAGAACACGGCCGUCCUGAGCACUGCCAUCAUCGUCACUCUUUUGGGGAUGAUGGUUUUUAUUCACUUUGUCAAAGUGGAUCAUGAGUCCCUGUUGGUCGUCGGCUCUUUGGGGAUCCAGGUGUCGUACAGUUACGCCUCAGGACGAGAAACCACGUCCUUCAUCGAGAUGAACAAGAUCAAGGACAUCGUCAUCAACGAGGCCAUUUAUAUGCAUCAGAUCAUCUAUUACCUGUGUGUGCUGCUGAAGGAUCCUUCAGACCCAGACGCUGUGUCGGGGGUCGUGCCUUUGUUUCAGAGUUCUAAGCCCAGACUGAACUGUUUGGUGAAAGUUUACAAAAGCUGUCAGGAGAUUCUGUCUAAAGGCUCGUGAUCCUGAACAAAAUGAUGUUUUUGUGAUUAUUUUAAACUCUGUAAAAUGAACAUUUUAACACCGUCUCCUGCUGUGAGACUUUUCUGUGUGAUGUUGAUCUUGGUGCCAUUUACUAUUUAAUUCUUCUUCUAUUUAUUUGAACCCUCUUCUACUGUGAAUUUGUCCCCUUCAUUUGACCCAUACUUCAGUACGGCCGAGGCCACCGGGGGGCGUAAUCCUCCAGAUCAGAGCCUGUUGUUCCUGGAGCUCUGUCCUGGUUAUUAUUAGUUUAAUUAUUGUGUAUGUUUUAGUGUAAAGUCCAUAAAAGUGCCUGGCCCUGGGGACCGUGUUGCUGUGAGUGAGAGUGCUAACCCGCCUGACGCCUGUCACAUGUUAUAUUUGUUUUAAUAGUUACAUUUAUACCUCUCUUUCUUCAAAGUAUUUUCUCUGUUUUAUUACAUAUUUUAAUAAACACAUUUGGUCAG